CUAACAUAUUCUACGCCGAACACGUGUGCAUCACGUAAUCAAUUAUCUUGCGUAUUUCUAACCCAAGUGUAUCUUCAAGAAACACAACUUUUUAAGGACCAAUAUCGAUCACAAUCCUGCUUUACUAUAAGGUUAUUCUUUCAAGUGCGUUAUUUCUUCUUCUUAUUGAAGGAUCAACGAGAAUGGUGUGUUUCUGUUUCUUGGUGGACCAGAAGAAGAAGGUUAAAGGAAGCAAACCGGCGGCGGGAAUGUGUUCCCGGUGCGGUCGUGGAGCAAGAGUAGCCGACAUGAAGACUUCGACGAGGUUCUGUCUAAUUCCUAUUUACUGUCGAUCCUGGAGAGCAAUCGUAUGCAGCUUUUGCGGCUCUGUUCUUAAAUCCUACCGUUGAGAUCUUAUUUUUACAUGUUUUGAUACCUCUUUUCUAAAUCCCCUUUUAGUUUUCUUAUACUGUGUUUAUGAUUUUAAGAAACCCCUUUGUAAAGUUUCCAAAAAAAGGUGUUCUGAUUUUGUUACUAGACUCUAAUGUGAAAAACUUACGCAAUAGCGUGAUA